UCCUUUUCCAUUUCUGUUUCCUGAAAUUUCGACUUCUGGGGAAGAAGGUGUUUUAAUAGUGAAGUAGCUAAGAAAUCUAAAUGAAAAAUAAUCGUAAGUCAAAUAAGUAUUGCUUAAAUAAUAAACGAAAUGGAAAACCAUAUACAUUUGUCUUGAUGAAUAUCAGCAGUUUAUCUCAUCUCAUGAAUGAUGAUUCCACCACGUCCAUCCUUCUUGAAUACACGUUUAAGAAGAUACUUACAAGUAACGACUGUUAGUAAGUAUAAAAAGAAGCUCAAUCUUAGAAAGAUAUACUUUAUUUUUUUCUGUUCGUAAUUUUGGAGCAGAAUACAGGUGCAUAGGAAACCGGGACUUUAUUAACGCAGACGUGUAAAAAUAAUUAUACGCACAGGCUCCAUGGAGGCAUUGGAAGACGUAUAUAAUAGAAUAAAAAGGAUUUAUACUUCAGAUUCCUCAUCUGAAAAAGUUAGUGUUCUAAAACAAAAGCUUACAGGAUCACUGAAAUUUAUCGAUUAUGCACUCGACCGUUAUGAGACCUCACAAAUUGCUAUGUCAUUUAACGGAGGAAAGGAUUGUCUAGUUUUACUGUUGCUGUGUAUAUAUUGUUUAAGGGAACGAUACGGUCCCUCUUUGGUAAAACAAAAAUUAUCCGAAAUACCCUUUGUAUUUGUACGGCCAAAAGAUGAAUUCGAUGAAAUGGACAAAUUCGUUAAAAGUUGCGAAGACCUUUACGGCCUUAACAUUAUCAGAAUCUCCCUUCCUAUGAAAGAAGCAUUCACACUUUUCCUAAAACUUAACCCAAGCAUUGAAGCAAUACUUAUCGGAAUCCGUCGAUUAGAUCCACACGGCAAGAAUCGUAUUGCUUUCGAAAUGACCGACAAAGGAUGGCCUAAGUUCAUGCGGAUUCAACCAAUAUUAGAUUGGAAAUACUCAGAAGUUUGGGACCUUUUGCUAGAAACUGAAACGAAAUACUGUACAUUAUACGAUAAAGGAUAUACUUCACUAGGUGGUGUUUCCGAUACAUCACCCAACCCUGCUCUUAAAAAUGAAGAUGGGUCUUAUUCUCCUGCUCAUUUACUUUUGGAUGAUUCAUUGGAACGGUUUGGACGUAAUCAAAAUGUCCCUUUCCGAAGGACCAACUCUCGUUAUUUGUAUGAGAGCGGUGCUUCAUCAUAUGCACCAUCUGAAGUUUCCUAACAUCCUUAGUACGUGUUUUGCUUAAUAAUUUUUUUUUUUAAUUUUCGAGAUAUGGAAGAUAUGAAUUGCCAAUAAAGCGCAAAUCCUACGUACUAGUUGGUCUCCUACAUGCAUGAUUCAAUACUGGUUCAGUCCCCGUAGUCCUCGCUUUAAUGAUUUCGCUAACGACGCCUUAUAUACCUACUACCUAGUAACUUCCAAACAAGUCAUGAACAAUUUCAU